AUGGACAAGAAAGCCUUCUUUGAACAAUACAAUGUUGAUUUUAUUCCAACAGAAAUGUCAACCAAGAAAAUUAUCAAACACAUGUAUGAAACAAAGAUCAAGGCUGAAAACCAAAAUGAUGAACUCCCAACAAUUGAGGAACCUUUCUAUGUUGUUGACUUGUCUGAGGUGCUAGGACAAGUUAAAACAUGGAGAGAAGAAUUACCACGUGUUACUCCUUUCUAUGCUAUUAAGUGUAAUCCAAAUCCUCAAUUCUUGUCAGUUCUUGAAAAGCUUGGUUGUGGUUUUGAUGUUGCUUCACGUGAUGAAAUUGAACGUGUCAAGCAUGUCAUUACUAACAAUGAUGAAUUGGCCAAUAGAUGUAUUUAUGCCAAUCCUUGUCACCCUAUUUCUCACUUGAGAUAUGCUCGUACCAGUGGUGUUCAAUAUACUACUGCUGACAAUAUUGAUGAGUUGUACAAGUUGAAGAAAUAUUGGCCAGAAGCUCAAAUUGUUAUUCGUAUCAAGACUGACGAUAGUCAUUCUCUCUGUCAAUUCAGUACUAAAUUUGGUGCUGAAUUGAGCGUUGCUUUUGAAAUGGUUGAUAUCAUCAAAGAUUUAGGCUUGAAUCUUGCUGGUGUUUCAUUCCAUGUUGGCUCUGGUUGUAAUGAUGUUAAUUCUUUCAUCAAAGCAAUUAGAGAUGCUCGUGCUGUUUUUGAUUACGGCUUUAAGGUUUUGAACAAGAAAUUGUGGUUGCUCGACCUUGGUGGAGGUUGGCAAGGAAGAAGUCAAAAGCACGGAAAUGCUGCUUUCAUUUCUGUUGCUAGAACCAUCAAACCCCUCUUAGAUGAAUUGUUCCCUGUCGAAAGUGGAACUCAAAUCAUUGCUGAACCAGGUAGAUAUAUUGCUCACAGUACUCACACUUUGAUUACUUCAAUCUUCUCUAGAAGAAUUGAAAAGUCUCGUGUUUUGUAUUAUAUCUACGAAGGUGUUUACCAUAGUUUCAAUUGUCUUAUCUUUGACCAUGCUGAACCUGAAUUGAAAUUCUUGAGCUAUGAAGAACUCAUCUCUGACAAUGUUACAGAUGAAGUUGAAAACAGAGUUGGACAUUCUGAUAAGGCUGUCACCUUGUACGGUUCUACUUGUGAUAGUAUGGACGUCAUUAUCAAGGACUCUCACCAACUUCCAAACUGUUUGGAAUGUGGUGAUGUUAUCUUUGUAGAAGAAUUUGGUGCUUAUACUAACUCUGCUUCUACUGAGUUCAACGGUUUUAAAUCAGCAAAGAUUUACUACAUUGCCAGAAUUGAUCAAUAA